UAUUCCAAUUAAAUUUUUGUCACAUGGUGUUAUAGUUGACAUCAAUAAAUUUUCUUUCUGACUUUUCUUAAAUAUUAUUCCUGAUUUUGUUUAAUUGAAAAUUGAUUCAAUAAUGAAAAAGGAUUCGUGAAAAUUGAUAAAAAGGUGUUAUGAUAAAAAUAAUUUUUUCGAGUAAAAAUAAUGUAAAUUUUAUAAAGCUGUAAAAAAACCAGGCCUAUAAUGGAUAAUAAAGAACGAGAAGUGGAUUUAUAUCGCGAUACACCCUUACGGUAUCUGGGUUACACCAAUGAAGUGGGUGAAGCAUUUAGAAAUACAGUACCAAAAAAGGUUGUAUGGUUUUCUUAUCUAGUAGCUUCUGGAUAUGUAAUAGCCGAUACAUUUCAUAAAGCAUCAAAAGUUUACAAGAUGGACACUACUUUAGAUAAAAAUAAAAAUUUACUUCUAUCGGCAACGGAUACUUUAUUAUGGCAGGGAUUGGCGUCAAUAAUUAUUCCCGGAUUUACAAUAAAUAGAAUAUGUGCAGGAGUUCGUUUUCUUCAGAUGAGAAAUAUAUUAAAUUUAAAGGGUCCUUGGAUAUCAACUGCAAUUGGUCUUGCCUCAAUUCCAUUAAUUAUUCGACCAAUAGAUUUGUCAGUUGAAAAUAUGAUGGACUCCACUUAUCGCAAGUGGACAGGUUAUUAUCCUCAUUAUGGUGAAUCAAUUCAAAGAGAAAAGGACUAAAAUGUAAAUAUAUAUAUAUAUAUAUAAAUAGGUGUGAUAUAUUAAAUUAAAUAGUAUAGUACAAAUUAGAAUUUAAUGAAAUUUAUAAACAAUUACGAGUUAAA